AUGCAAGAGAGAAGCACCCCACGUUUGGGCACUAAAGGGGUAAGCUCUUACCCAUACCUUGUUAAGCGAGAUGUCUACAAUGAGGAGACCUUCCAGAAGGAGCACAGAAGGAAGCUCAGUUCCUCUGUCAGCCUGAAUAUAGACAUUACCACCUUCAAGCACCAUGUCAAAUGCAGUUGCUCAUGGAAAAAUUUACAAAAAUGCUUACUUACCCUCUUUCCCUGCUUAAAAUGGGCGUGUUUUUACCGCUUCAAGGAUUGGUUUCUUGGAGACAUAAUUGCUGGUAUAACUGUUGGCAUUGUACAAAUCCCUCAAGGUUUGACACUCAGUUUGCUGACAAGGCAACUGAUUCCACCUCUCAAUGUCGCAUAUGGAGCUUUUUGCUCUUCGAUAAUUUAUGCAAUUUUUGGAUCAUGUCAUCAUAUGUCCAUUGGUUAUUUCUUCCUUGUAAGCGCUCUCAUGGUCAAUGUCCUCAAGAUGUACCCUUUCAACAGAGGCCACUUAUUGAUGGGAACUUUCCUCAGCGAGGACUUUUCUCAACCCCACUUCUUACCAGCCUAUAACAAAUCCUUGAGUGUGGUGGCCUCUACAACUCUUCUGACUGGAAUUAUUCAGUUGACGAUGGGCAUGUUAGGGUUUGGCUUCAUUGCGACUUACCUACCGGAGGCCAUCAUUAAUGCGUACCUGGCCGCCACAGCGCUGCAUGUUGUACUGAGUCAGUUUACCUCCAUCUUUGGACUUAUGAUCACUUUCCACUCCGGCCCUGUCGCCUUCUUCUCUAACUUAAUUAACUACUGCAUCGGUAUCCCCAAAGCCAAUUCCACCAGCAUUCUGCUAUUUCUAACUGCUAUGGUGAUUCUGAGAAUGAACAAAUGUGUCCGAAUCUCCUUCAAUCAAUAUCCCAUGGAAUUUCCCAUGGAAAUCUUUAUGAUUAUUAUCUUCACUGCACUUUCAAGCAGAAUCACCAUGGCCUCAGAAACCAGUACAACGCUCAUUGAAAUGAUUCCUUAUCGCUACCAGCUUCCUGUAGUGCCAGAUUUAAAAGUUUUUCCUGACAUUGUUAUAGAAGCCAUGUCCUUAGCUAUAGUGAGUUCUUCUCUGCUCAUAUUUAUGGGCAAGAAGUUUGCCACUUUUCAUAACUACAAAGUCAAUUGCAAUCAGGAUAUAAUAGCCAUUGGUCUUUGCAAUGUCGUCAGUUCAUUUUUCAGAUCUUGGGUAUGUACUGGUGCCAUUAUCAGAACUGUUAUCCAGGAUAAAACUGGAGGACGACAACAGUUUGCCUCUAUGAUUGGCGCCAUUGUGAUGCUGCUUCUGAUGUUGAAGAUAGAUAGCUUUUUCCACAGCAUGCCAAAUGCUAUACUGGCCGGGAUUCUUCUGAGCAACAUCGUCCCCUACUUUCAAACUAUUUGCGACCUGCCCAACCUGUGGAAGCAGAGCACAUAUGAUUUUGUUAUUUGGAUAUUUACCUUCACAACUGCACUUUUCCUAGGUCUGGACCUAGGCCUGCUUGUGUCCAUCAUCUUUACCUUCUUCAUCAUAACUGUUCGGUCACACAGCUCUAAGCUUUUAAUCCUGGGUCAGAUCCCCAACACCAACAUUUACAGAAGUUUCAAUGACUAUCGGGAGGUUGUAAGCCUUCCCGGCGUGAAAAUCGUCCAGUGUUGUAACUCCAUCACCUUCGUGAACGUGUACCACCUCAAGCGCUUGCUCUUAAAGGAGACUGAUUUGAUAAAGAUUCCCCUCAAGGAAGAGAACAUUCACAGGAUGUUUAAACAAGAAGGCACUACUAGUAGGUACCCGAAUGAGAAGAUCUGUCAUUGUGCCUGCGUCUGUGAAGAACAAGAGCCAACUUCCAAGGUUCCUUACACAGAAAUCUAUGAAAGUAGACAGGACCAUGAAGCGACCUCCCUUAACCUGAUCCACUGCAUACGCUUUGGCAGCGCAGGCACACUCCCAGAUUAUUAUGACCAGCAGAUACAGUGCUCACUGUCUAACUCCGGUCUCCAACUGCAAGGACAAACCAACAAUGAGACCACCAAAAAUUGGGAUCCUGGGAACCCUUCUGAAAACGUGACAGUUCCUGACUCUCCUGAGAAUCAAGGCCAGAACAGAGUCCCCCUUUAUUCAGAUUCAUUUCUUCAACCCGGUAUCCACACCAUCAUCCUGGAUUUCACCAUGGUACAUUUUGUGGAUGCACAGGCUUUAAUCAUAUUGAGACAGAUGUGCAAUGCUUUUCGAAAUGCCAACAUUCUGGUACUUAUUGCGGGAUGCCACUCUUCUGUGGUCCGGGGAUUUGAGAUCAAUGAUUUCUUCGAUGAAGGCAUUACAAUGACCCAGCUGUUUCUAACCGUACACGACGCAGUACUGUUUGCCUUGUCAAGGAAGUUGUCUGAUGGCUCUGAAUUGAGCUUGGAUGAAAAUGAGACAGUGGUGCAGGAUACCUUCAUGGAAACAGACAAGAUGGAUCAGACAAUGAGUCACACUAUGGUGGACUAUUCCCAAAAUAAGCCAUCCUUUAUGAGCAUGGAACCAAUCAUGGAAGAAGAGUCAGAUCUAGACAUGGACCUGAAAUACUUACUGGAUCUAAAGCAAGAUAAGGUACAUGGAAAUGAACCUAAAGAAUCUGAGCUGGAGACUGAAUCUGAGCUGGAGCCUGAAUUUGUGCCUCUAACACAGCCUAAACCCAAGUCAAUGUUUGCUUACCCCAUGCCAGAAUACUGGCCUCCACAAACAUCCUCAUCUUCUAUAUCCCCAAGUAGGACUUGGACGGUAGUCAAAAGGCCUACAAAGUCAAAUAAGUCUACUAAUACUUAA